CAACAAAAACAAGAUAGAGUAUUUGUCGUCGUAGUUAGCCCAGAUUUAGAGUAAACCCUCGGCCAGCUUGUGCUCCAAAACACUCAAAAUUAUCCGAAGCAUGGACGAGUCGGAACUGCUCUUCAAUCUGUUCUACUUCCUGCUCUGCAUGGUCAUCAUUUACCCCCCGGAGGAGUUCCAGCGCCUGGGAUUCACCAUCGAGCAGUUGUUUGCCCGCUUCCUGGGCGAGGAGUACUUGGACUUCGUGGGCUACCACCUGCGCCGCACAUCGCUCAAUCUGUUUGUGCACUCCUGCCUUCCGUUCUCCUACUUCCUGAUCCACAGACUCAAGUUCUCGGUGUUCGCCACGCAAGAGCCGCUCGAGGAUUCCGACCUCGACCCGGACUUCCCGAUGCCCCAGGAGGCGGUGGCUUUCAAGACGCUUACUUGGAAGACAGCCCAGCGCUUCAGCGUGCUGGCCGUGAUGGCUGUGCCCGCGCUCAUCUUCAAUUGGCACCAACAGAACUGGCGCCGGCAUCCCAUAAGCAAGGCGCUCGCCAAGUACUCCAACUCGCCCGGCAGCUACAGUGCGGUGGCCAGCGACAUUGGGAACGAGUUCCGACGGCCGGAGAUUUACAAGAAGAAGCUGAACUCCAUCAGUACGGUGAUUGCGACGGAGAACUGGAUAAUCAAGACCACAAUGUACAAUGUCCACUUUGCCCACCAAAGCAACACAGCGCUAAGCGUGGCCAAGGCGGAGACAUACAACAUCUCGCAUCACGACGAGAACGACACACUGCAGAUGAUCAGCAUUAUCGUGCGGCCGAUGAGACAGGGCGUAGCCGACUUUCACAUACGAAUCAACGCCUUGGAGUUCAGGAACCUGGAGGAUCGUGUCCGGCGCCCCAUCGCUAUUCCCUCGAACAUCCAGUUCCACCGCAACGUCAUCGAUCGCUUUGUGGAUGUGUUCAAGGCGCAAGUGGCCCUAAAUCCCAUAUUUCAGGCGGAAGUGACCACUGAGAAGUGCUUUGCCUGCAUGCUGAAUGAACCAAACACCAAGAUACACAAGCAGUGCGCCGACCUGGACCGCAACGGUGCUCCGCUUGCAGAAGGUGCGUGCUGCUCCAACUGCUACUGCCGACCCAUGUGGUGUGUGGAGUGCCUGGCGCGAUGGUUCGCCGCCCGCCAGACCGACGUGGAUCGCGAAAUGUGGCUGGAGCAGAAGUGCACCUGUCCGAUGUGCCGAGCCAAGUUCUGUGUGCUAGACGUUAGCUACAUCAGAGCCGUCGACCAGGCUCAGCAUCGCGGAGCCGACGAGGACAAUGCGUCCUGAUUUACGACUGUGUUAAAGUGACAAUUAAAAAACGACUCUUAAAUUGAA